CAGAGGCAAAGCUGUUCCUGUAUGUCCUGGAGUCGAGAACAUUUGGCUAAUCACCAACAGCAAGACUGAAGGAAGAUCCUUGGAAGAGGCUUGUAUGGCUGCCAUGAUGUCCCAACUCCUGGUUGUGCUCUAUACUGGGCUGUGCGCUGGCCGAGGAAACAGGAUGACUGAUGAGACCCUUCCCAAGCCCUCCCUCAGGGCCUGGCCCAGCUGGAUAAUGCCUCCCAAGAGCAAUGUGACACUGCAAUGCCACACUUCCACCAAUGAUGUCAACUUUGCUCUCAGAAAGGGAAAUGUUCCUGUGGAGUUCCCACAAUCACCAGAUUCCACAGAGGGCAUGGCUCUUUUUCUCCUCACUGACCUAGAGGCCAGCAGCUCUGGACCGUACACCUGCGAAUACUACAGACGAGAGCCUCCCCAAAUAAGUUCACAGCCCAGUGACAUUCUCCUCCUGCUGGUGACAGGAGAGUUCCCUAAACCUUCCCUCCAAGCCCACCAAAGAGGUGUGGUGACCGCAAGAGAAAACGUGACCCUGCAGUGUCAGAGGCCAAACAAUUCUUUCGAGUCUGUAAAGUUUGCUUUGCUGAAGGCGGGAGCAGCAGAACCCAUAAGGGUCCAGGGUCCAGCAAAGAAGAAGAUGAACUUCUCCCUCAGGAGUGUGACAGUCAGUGAUGCUGGGAACUACAGCUGCGUGUACUUCCUGAUGAGUGCUCCUUUCUGGGCCUCGGAGCCUAGCAACCAUCUUGAGAUCACAGUGAAAGAUAAAACUGAAAGAGAGUCUCCCAAGAUGGCAGAAACAGGAGUAGGGACCGUGGAGCUCACCCUCAUUGUGAUCUUCAUCCUUCUCUUCAUCCUCGGAGUCUUCCUCAUCUACAAAUACACCCGGUGUGGGGCAGCUCCUAACAAGAUGACCAAAUGCUCCCGCUCUUCUAAGGACCCUCAAGAACGGAGGACAAGUGUUCAGCCUGGGAAAGAAAGCGAUGAUCUGUCCAUGGCUAUCACAAACUGUUCUCCUGCCUUGGAUAAAGCAUCCCAGGUGUCAAGAGCUGAGGAACCCCACACAGUGACUUAUGCUGAGCUUAACACCAGAGCCCUAAGAGAGGGUCUUUCCCUGCAGAUGGAGCAGCCCCUGGAAACCUGCGUGUAUUCGAGCCUUAAGGCAUAGCCAGAAGGGCACCUGUAGCCCACGAAAGAACUUCUAGCACGGAGAUGGAUGAUAAAGAGAGGAAGGACCCUUGGGACACUAGGCAAAUGGGGAUCCCUUCCCCCAAAUUUUCAAUGAACACUUGUUUCCUUCUUCUAAAAAUUUGUUUUCAAAUGAGAGGUAUCAUUUGCACAGAGUAAGAUGCACAAACCUUACAUAGCCAAGUGACUGUGUGCGUGUGUAUAUAUAUAGAUCUCAGUGAUAGAUCUCUACCUAUUCCCUUUGGUAUAACUACUGUCCAAAUAAAAACAGCAUUUCCAGCACUCCUUCUAGAAGGUUUCCUUGCACCACUCUCCAGCUAACCGCCAUUUUCGCUGAGAUCAUUCCUUUCUCUGACUUGUGUCACCUUGGAUGACUUGCCUGUUCUUCAUAUGCACUCAUACACCUGCGAUACACCACAUGUACUCUUCUGCAUCAGCUGCUUCCACACACAUAUGUUAUUUCUGAGGCUCAUCCCUGAUGUUACUCAUAUCCAUAUCUUCUUCCCUUUUUACUGCUGAGUAUUACUCCGUUGCAUGGUCAUGCAAAGUUUGUUGAUCCACCUUCAGGUGGAUGGACAUCUGGGUUGCUUCCAGGCUGACGUUUCUAUGGGUCAGGCUGCAUGAACACUCUUAACUAUGUCUUUGUGGCAUACAUGCAGGCCUUUCCCUGGAUUGUAAAUAGUGGGAUGACUGGGUCAAAGAACAGGUGUG